AUGCCGAUGAAGAACGGAAAAUACAUAAACUGGGCGGAGCUUCCACCGGAGUUAAUGUCUUCGAUUCUGCUCCGUCUUAGUGUGGAAGAGAUACUCGGCAUCGCUCAGAAAGUGUGUAGAUCGUGGCGACGAGUCUCUAGAGACCCCUGGAUGUGGCGUAAAAUCGACUUGCUGCUCCCAAGAACCCGGUUCUACGAUCUCCAGGCCAUGUACCGUCAAGCCAUCGAUCUCAGCUCUGGCGGCUUGCUGGAGAUCAACUUUGUGGACAUAGGGAGCGAUUCUCUCCUCACUUACACCGCCAACAGAUCAAGUAAUCUGAGACGCCUUAGAGUUGUCGACUUCCUUGGAAUAACGACAAGAGGGAUUUUGGAAGCAGUCGUAAAACUCCCAUUGCUUGAAGAAGUUGAGUUUUCAUUCCGGCUUAUCGAAGAAGAGCUUUUGAAAGGUGUAGGUCAGUCUUGUCCUAAUCUGAGAACGUUGAAGGUAUACGGCAAUAGUUACGUAAAAAGUGGUGAUGACGUUGCUCUAGCGAUCGCUAAAACAAUGCCCGGUCUUUGCCACCUCCAGCUUUUUGGGAACGGAUUUUCCAAAACCGGCUUAAAAGCCAUAUUUGACAACUGUCCGAACUUGGAACAUCUUGAGUUACGCGGGGGAAGCGUGUACUUCAAUGUUAUACUUGUUGCUGAUUUGGAGAAGCGUUAUUCCGAGAAGAUCAAAGUUGUGAGAUCCUUAUAUCGCAGGGGUGAGUAUCUCUCAAGAAAGAGUGACAAUAAUACAAUAUCAGAUGCGGUCCUUGAAGCAGAACCAGAAGCUGUGUUGGGAACACGGACGAACCCUCGUUCGGGCCAAGCUGAAGUUUUGAUCAAGUGGAAAGGACUCCCUGACUACGAGUGUUCUUGGGAAUGGGUCAACACAAUCAAGGGGCAAUUUCCACUCUUCAACCUUGAAGACAAGGUGAAUUUCAAAGGAAGGGGUAAUGAUAAAUAUGAGGAGCAACAUCCUCCUAUUCUAUAUCAGUACGAGAGGAAGAAGAGAAGCCCAACAAGUGGCUAA